AUGGAGACGGAAUCGAAGAAAGCUCUAAGUUGGCAGAUAGACAACUUUUCCGAAAGGACCGAUGGGAUAUAUUCGGAUCCUUUCUCAAGCGGCGGCUGCGAAUGGAAUCUCCGUGUUUAUCCCAAGGGAAAUCUUGUGGACGAUCACUUGUCUCUGUUCCUGUUCGUUGCGAAUCCUGAAUCAUUGCUACCUGGAUGGAGCAGACGAGCUAGUUAUCGCUUUGUUUUGCUGGAUCAAUCUGGCAAAGUUCUCUUCAGAACAUCUGAAGCUUCCACAUUGUUCAGCGCUGAGACUCCAAACUGGGGUUAUCACAGAAUGUUGCCUCAUACCAAGCUUCUAGAAGAAGGGUUUCUGGAGAACAACAAACUAAUCGUUGAAGUCUACAUUAAUGUAGUUGAAGUCAUUCAUGAAGGGAAAUCAACUGCGAAUGAGAUUGUAACUGUCCAUGGUUUUCAAGUUCUUAAUUCUCAGGCUAAUUCAGUGAGCAGGAUUUUCGCAGAGCACCAAGACGUUGCAGUAGGUAUCAGAUCAGAUAUAGCAGAGGUGAAGACAGCAUAUAUGAAUAUUCUCCUCGGUCUCAUCGAGACAUUAGGCAAGCCACCUCAGAGCUUGUCUGAGACUGAGCUAAGCAACGCUGAGAGCGAGUUGAGCGAGCUAACAGAAGCUGGCUUCAAGCUGGAUUGGUUGAAGUCAAAGCUUGAGGAGGUUACCUUGAAUAGGAAGAAAGCACUUUCUGAUCUCAAAGUUGAACUGGAAAACGAGAAGAUUAAAUCUGAUGUUGAUGCUGCUGCGGCUCCCAGAACUGCUUGGUAUGUUACCGUGUAUCCCAAGGGAAACGGCAUUGGUACACACAUGUCUAUGUACCUAGAAGUUGCGGAUCCUCUCUCGCUGCCUCGAGGAUGGAGCAGAGACGCAAUUUUUCGCUUCCUUGUGGUGAACCAGUCGAGCGUUCUCUGCUCCAAAAGUUUAAAAACUAAGCAUCACUUCAACGAGAAGAAGACAAACCGGGGCUUUAAAAAGGCAUUGCGUCUUACAAAGCUUCACAACAGAGGAUAUCUGGUGGACGACAAACUCAUCAUUGAAGUUCAUGUAUUAUGUUAUGAUGCUAUUUGUUUUCAUCCGACGAAGCCACUGCUCAAUGAGAAGAAAAAGACGGUGUCUUUGUUAAAGCCGAACCUUGAUGUGGUUUCCGUGGAGAAGAAGAAAGAUAUUGAUGAUGUCAAUAGUUUUCAGUCUCAGGUUUUGGCGGAGCACCCAGACAUUGCAGUAGGCUUCAAACCAAAGAACCAAGUAGUGAAGACAGCAUACAUGACUGUCCUCUUUGACCUCAUCGAGAAAGUAAAUAAGCCUCCACAUUGUCACUCCGAGACUGAGCUAAGCAACAUUUACAUCGAGUUGAGUGAUCUAACGGAAGUAGGCUUCAAGCUAGACUGGUUGAAGUCGAAGCUUGAUGAGGUUUCCUUGGAGAGGAAGAAAUCAAAUGCUGAUAGUUUCAGGGCCCAACAACUGGAGGAACGGGUGAAGAAUCUGGAGCUUAUGUUUGCAGAUCUCAAAGCUGAAGUGAAACAAGGAGAAGGCCAAAUCUACAACUGA